GAUUGUAAAUAAGAGACCGUUUAGAUCUACAGAAGCACAUCUGUGUGGUGGUUCUCAGUUUCAACUUCAAACAAGCCAUGGACAACCAACCCCUCCUUGGUCCCCAGUACAACCAGCCUCAGGGUGGCUACUCUCCCCCUCAGGCACAGCAACCUACUGGCCCUCCAGCCGCUGGCCCCCCUCCUGGACAAAACUUGCCUGGAGAGGAUGUGCACGAGAAUGCAGGCGCCGAAGCUCCUCAACCCUCUGCCCCUGACGCCUCCAAGAUGGACUAUGUGUCCGGCUAUGACAAUGUCGGGUUUAACACUAAUGCAGAUAUGAAUAUUCCUCCCCCUGCGUAUGAGCAAGCUACUGCCCCGGAGCCUGAUGAGUCUCGAUCCAUGCAGCCUGACAUCCCCACAAUAUCUGAGGACGAAGCCAGAGAUGCGCUGCUGAGUGAGGUAGAGAAGCAUUGUUGCUACGGCAAAAAGGCGGCCAGAGAUCUGGUGUUCCUAAAUAUCACACCAAGCAGUGCUUUCCAUUACCAGCUGGAGACCUUCACCGAGGGCAGGAAGACCACUUGGCAGCACGAGCCCUUUGCAGGUCAGCUGAUUGAUGGUCCCCAGAACGGGCCUGCCCCUGGGCCGUGGGACAUAGCGGCUCAGCCCAACCAACUGUUCCAGGAUCAUGAGAAACACUUUGAGGUACCCCACACUGCCUCUGUCAAGGUGUGCCACAACUGUGUGGGGGCGGGUAUGACCCAGUGCUGGAGGUGCAGGGGACGUGGUAGGGUGAUUUGUGGGAGCUGUGAUGGAAGUGGCCAUAAACUACAGCCGGUAGUUCACCAUGACCAUGGCCACCAUCACCAUGGCCAUGGCCACGGACAUGGACACGGACACCAUGACCAUCAUGGUGGCAGCCAUGUUGACAUGGAGCGUGUCCCUUGUCACCAGUGCAACGGGACAGGAAAAAAGAGAUGUUGGACGUGCAAUGGAUUUGGGCGCAUCGAGUGCUCUGUCUGUCGUGCAAAGUGCCAGCUCAAGUGGUACAUCAAGCUGACUGUCACGUGGAAGACUCACAAGGCUGACCACAUUGUGGAGCGUACUGCUCUCCCUGAUCAUCUGAUCAGAGCGGCGGAAGGGAAGGUGGCCUUCCAAGAUCAGCAGCCAAGGGUGUAUCAUGUAUACAACUUUCCUGACCAAGCUGUGAACAAUGCCUCUAAACAGCUGGUGGAUUCUCACGCCACUGCCUUUGCCAACGAGAAGAUACUUAUGCAGCGUCAAUGGAUCCGCAUUGUUCCCGUGUCUGAGGCAAGGUGUGACUACAAGGGGAAGUCGUUCAACUACUUUGUGUACGGCUAUAACACAUUGGUCCAUGCUCCCGAGUACCCACAACAGAUGUGCUGCGGGUGCAGCAUAGUUUGAGAGGACUCAGUAUGCUAUACUGAUUGAUAUUCCCCUAUAAUAAGCCUGAACGUUUGAAACAUAACUUUUGAUUUUUGUGCCUGUUGGUAGUUUACUAUUUUAAUUGCUGUUUGACUUUAUGUUUUGUACCAUCCCCAUAAACAAGACUGUAAGAAUGACUUG